UACAGCGUAGUGAGCGGCCCAGAUCAGCCGAAGUCAGCCGGCAAGCUCCACGGGAAACCCUAGCUACUCCCGGCUGGCCGCCGCCGCCGCGCCUGCCGUCCACGCUCCACCCGCGGGAGCUCGCCUCCUCCUCCACCCUCUACCUCUCGAGGCCACUCCGGACGGCCAUGGCGCAGAGGGCCGCGGGCGGCCUUCUCCGGCGGUCCAUCGGGCUCGCGCCGCCGUCAACCCCGAGGGCCCUGAGCACCAGCGCCACCACGCCGGCCGCGGCGGCGGAGGGAGAGGCGGCGGCCAAGGCGAGGAGAAACAAGAAGAAGAACCUAUUCGACGUGGCGCAGUUCCUGCCGGACUGGGGCGUCGGCUACAGGGUCGCCAAGACCACCUGGCGCGACGUCUCCUACCAGAUCACCAAGAUCAAUCUCUACAAGGAUGGCCGCCACGUGUGCAAGCAGCCGACGCUCCGAUAA